AUGCCUUUCGCCUACGGCAUCUUUUUGCUUGCCAUUGUGACGCAAACCGCAGCGCAGAGACAACCUGAUACCCCUUUCCAGGUUACUGCUGACUAUCCAGAUGGUUGUUAUGGAGGUCCUGGUCCAGGGUAUGGGAGCGACAUUGGCGAUCUUCAACCGCCUUGCUGCAUUUACAACAUGAAGGGAUACACAAAGGAUGGGUUUCAUAGAGAAACUGCUGGUAUCAUACUAAAAACCAACAGGGAUGGAUUAUCUGGCACUAUGCAAAUGAACGUCACUUUGAUGUUUAACCUCUCCCUGCCCUAUCCCAAUUUUCUUGGUGUCGAAGUGGAGACGUAUGGAUUGGCUCACCUUAGUAUCGGUGAUGAAACCCGAAAGUUCUACUUGUCCAUAGGCGGCGGCAACGUGAAACGCUCCUAUGGCACUGGAAUGAUGGUCUACGCUCCGAUUAAUGAGGCUGGUUUUAUCCCUAACAAGGGGAGUGUUGUCCAUAUUUGGGGGUUAGAUUCUCUAAGAGGUACAGCUACCUCAACCGGGCUGUCGAUAGCUGCUUCCCACAGACCCGCCACCAAUGCAGAAGUUGUCAAUUUCUGGUCAACAACAGUCCUUCACAUGGAGAAGAGGAAAGAUGGUUGGGACUACAAGUUGGAAUACUUCUUUUAUGAUUUGACUCGUAAAAUCGGAGCUUACGACAAAUAUACUAUCCGCGGCUAUUUGCUGGACAAUGUUGUAGUGUGA